UAUAAUAAAUAAUUUAUAAAUUACCUAACAGAAAUAUCCAGUAUUAUGUGUAAAGUUCAUUCGUAUUUUACUUGAAUAAUGUGAAUUUACUUAUCUUGGUUUUAUAAAAAUUUACAUACUAAGGAUUUCUAUCAAAAAACUUUUCGACAUGGUUCGAGGACGUCGUGCAAGAGGUGCUCGAACUCAUUUGGGAGUUGUAGAUUCAUUUUGUGCAAGUCCAAAACGUAAAGACAGUAAAUUAGAUUUUAGUGGAAAGUUGUCACACUCACCAACAAAUCAAAAGCAAAGGAGUGUUGUUGAUGAGUUCAUAAAAACAGAUAACCGCAAGACUAAGCUUAAUUUAACAAUGGAUCCUUUCAGAGCAACAUCCAAGCAUCAAGCCAUAACAGAAUAUUUUCAAGUGCAAGAUAGAUAUCAAUCAGAAACAAAGACUGAAGAUUCGAAUCUUGUUGAUAGUAACUUUAGAAUGAAUGACAUUAUUGGAGUUUUAUCCGCACCAAAAACAAUUGAUCUUACCGUUGAAGAAAAUAGUGAUGCAGAAACAGAAUCUACUUUGGAUAGAAAUCCUCAAAAUGAAGUGGCUUUGAGUGAUGAUGCUUCCUUGGACAGUGGUGUAGUUGUUGAAUGCUCUUCAAUACCUACUGUAUCUGAAGAUUCCAAUGCAUCUAGUAAUGAAUGUGAAAUAGAGCCAAUCAUUUCUGUGAGGACUUCUCCUAGAAAAAAUCCAUCUACAUUGGCAAACGCUCAUUUACAUCGAGUUUACCGAACUCCCCAUCGAAUUGGACAAUUUCCAGUAAUUACAACUGAUUUAAGCCCAUCACGGGUAUCAAAUAUUACUCCAAAUAACUCUAAUGACACUACUCCCAAGAAAGUAAAACCAGCAGACAAAAGUUCAUCUGAAACAAAAGACAUGCAACAGAAUGAAAAUACUGUUACUGGGAUUCAUAAUUCACCCACAUCUGCUUUAUCACAACUUAGAAUUGCAUUUCCAAGAAAAAAUGUUAAAUCUAGAAGAAGAUUGAAAUCAUCCCAUACUGAUAAUACACCAAAAGUGAUUUCACCAAGUACUGAUACCAAAUUAGGUCAAUUAAAUAACCCUCCAGAAAACGUAGCAAAUAAGAAAAAUGCACUAACAAAUUUGGAAUCCAAUGUACAAACAACAGAGAAAAAACUGACUGAUUAUUUUCCAAUUAGGCGUAGUAUUAGGAAAACUAAGAAAACUGUUUUGGAAGAAAGACAAAGAAAUAUAGAAGAAGCAAUUAAAGCUGAAGUAGAAGAAGGUUUAGAGGUUCAUAAUUUUCCUGGCAAAGGACGUGGAAUUGUCGCUUCAAAAUUUUUUGCUAGAGGCUCUUUUGUAGUAGAAUAUUCUGGUGAUUUAAUUUCAAUGACAGAGGCGCGAGACAGGGAACUCAUUUAUGCACGUGAUGAGAAUACUGGCUGUUACAUGUAUUAUUUCAAACAUAGAAAUAAGCAAUACUGUAUUGACGCUACGAAAGAAUCUGGUAAACUAGGGCGUCUUGUUAAUCAUUCUAGAAAUGGUAAUCUGUUGACCAAGACAGUUCAGAUAGGUGCAACACCACAUUUAGUUUUGGUGGCGAAAGAUGAUAUUCAGCCUGGAGAAGAAGUGACUUACGAUUAUGGAGAUCGUUCUAAAGAAUCAUUACAACAUCACCCAUGGUUGGCAUUUUAGUUUGGCUUCGUAUGUCUAGUUUGGUCAGAUAGCUAAAAGUAAAAUUUUAAUACUUGUAAAUAAAGGUUGUUUACAUAUAAAUAGAAACAAAUUUUAAAUAUCAAACUAGAUUUAGUGUACCAUUUUAAUAAAAUCUGAUAGUUUUUAGAUGUUUUCGGUAUCAAAUUAGACAUUUGUACUAUUGGAUUGAAAACUAAGACAUUUAUUUUAUGUUAAUUUGUACAUUUUAGUAAUUUUAUAUAGUUAGGCACC